AUGUCGAGCUACCUCUCCAUGUUAGGCUGGGCCUUUCUUCCUGGCCUCGCAACCUCAUGGGUACAGACCAUUUACUAUGGCAUCACCAUCCGCGCCGGCGACCCUAAGCCCACCCCGGGCUCGGCACGAUUCAACUCGCACCGCCGAACCAUCCACAUCCUCGUCGUAGCCAUCUACCUGGCCUACACCAUCUUCGAGGCCGACUAUGAUCAGCGUCGAAUGUCCUCCUACUAUGCCGACCUUGGCGUGCCCCUCAACGCGACCGACCGCGACAUCAAGUCCCGAUUCCGACGUCUCGCUGCCAUGCACCAUCCGGACAAGGCUGGCCGCGAUGCCACAGACUCUGCCGCCUUCUUCAUGCACCUCAAGCUCGCGAGCGACACCCUACACGACGCCGUGAAGCGUUUCGCCUAUGAACGCUUCGGACCCGAGAUUGCGCGCUGGCAAAAGUGCGUCACCAUCAGAGACUACAUCACCCGCGGAAUCGUCUCGGGCAUCCUGCCUCACUAUGCUGUCGCUGCUGCGUCCAUCUACGUUCUCGGCCUGUUUGGCUACAUGGAGUUUGGCAAAUACUACCGCUGGCUCAUUCUCGUCACCCUCUGCACUUUCGAGCUUCAUACCGUCAUGCGACCUGACUUUCCUCCCUUUGUUAAUGCUGUCAACGCUGUCAUAGCUCGUGUCAGCUCUCUACCACCAUACCUCCCAUUUCAGGUCAUUUCGUUGGCUCGGAGGCUUAUUAUUACCAUAUACAUUGCUCUCAACCAGAUCGGACCACUUCUCGUGGCUCAAGCCAGUGGCCAACAAAAGGCCGACGACAAGGACGAGAAGGCCCUGCAAGAAAGCCUCCACCGCCUUGAGAUGUUGACAAAGCAGCUCGACGGUGAUGCUGUGCGGUUACUGGACAUGGAGAUGGCGCCUUACAAGGGAGAUGCCGAGGCCGCGUCCAAUCUGCAGGGCAAGAUGAGGGAGUGGCUUGUGCAGAAUACCAUCAGAGCAGACCCCAUGGUGAGGGAUGCCAUGGGUACGUCACUUAGGAGGAGGAGAGUCGAUGCACCUGCGGGCGCCAAGGGAACACGAUAG